AUGUUCAACGUCAAAUCUCACCUCGCAAUCGCUCUAUGCGCUCUCAGCGCGCUCGUUUCCGCUGCGACUAGCGGCCUCAGCGGAGACGAUGUUGCCCAAGUCGAAUAUAGCGAGGCCCCCGAUCAGCUCGAUCUCUCGCGCCCCAAGAACCUCACGCCUCAAGUGGUGCAAGCCCGAGAUGGUGGGGACGGCUGGAGUUCGAGGCGUACAUUGUACAUUGGCAUUGGCAGCGUUGCGCCGCAGAACGUGGGGACGGAAGCCCACGACGGAGGUCAGACUUCCCGUUCAGGAAAGCCCAACCUUCAGGCGGAGGUCGCAGCUGCCAUCGACAAUCUCUGCCCUACCACCUUGGGCUUCAGCCCGUGCAACACCGAAACCACGUGGAAGGUCAGCCAGGUCGCGGUCAAGGACAAAGAUGGCAACUUCAAGCGCGAAGGUCUUUUCACGAUCAAGAUCGGCUCGAGCUACUGGCCGUUGGGCGGAUUACGCGAGCUUUUGCGCGACUCCAUGGCCGAGGUCAUCCAGACCAUUGCAGAGAAUAAUUGUUGGAAGCCAGGGUUCAAGGGUGGCUCCAGCGACGUAGAGCUAUGCAACGCACCAGACAAGGUCAUGCUGCGCGUCGACUACGAUGGCUGGCUUGUCCUUUUGCUCGAUUCUGACCACAAAUCCGUGGGGCCUGAUGCUGAACUCAAAGUCUGUCCCAAAGAGGCUUUCUACGGCGGCGACGCGAAAUUCAAGUUUGAAGAAAAAGUCAAGUCGAAGGGGUGGGGUUCCGUGCUCCAUCUGUCGAACGGCUUCAAUGUGGAGACAAUUUGCUAUUAUGGAAAGGAGCCGUCUGGAAUGGGCAAUGGAUGGUGUCUAAAGGACACUAAGGAUACAUAUCAUGGCGAGUAUACCGACAAAUGUCCACCUGCUGGGGGCUUCCCACAGUGA